AGCCCGCAGGCCCGUUUUACCGGCAUCCUAUGAGUUGCCGAUCGGCCGUACCUCUUUUCCUCGAUGAGUAUGUUGAUUCUUAAUUUGUUGUCUCCUCCUCCUUCUUAAACCCUAGUGAGAGUGGCAGAAUCCCAAUUGAUUGAAUCAUCCAUGGCUAUGAUUUCCCACUUGCCCCGUGAUUUGCUUGGUGACAUUCUAAAAUUUCUGCCAGUCAAGACCCUCUGUCGAUUCAAAUGCGUAUCGAAAUCAUGGCAUUCUGUAAUCCAGAGUCGUGAAUUUGUGAAGUUGCACCUUCAGAUUCACCAGCACAAGUGUGACGGUGAGAAAAUCUUUAUGCCAACUCAUUUUUGCUCGGCUUAUAAUGAUCCUGAUUUUUACAUCUUGGACACAUCAAGUUUAGCUGAUAGUGAAAAUCCCAGAGCUAAACAAGUUGAAAUUCCCGUAGGAAGGCGCUGUAUUAUUCUAUCUACAAUUGUUUGUGCUUGUAAUGGUUUGCUCUUUAUUGCCUUGGAUGAUGAAAGGGUUUUGUUCGUGUGGAAUCCCUCCACGGGAAAAUUGAGAAGGAUUCCAACACUGAAGUCAUCAUCAUCAUCACAUUUUGAUCUGUUAUAUGGGUUUGGAUAUGAUUCACUGCAUGAUGAUUACAAAAUUCUUAGAGUUUGUUACGACAAUGGUACCUAUGAUUGUUGGUUGUUUUCGUUGAAAGAAAAUACCUGGAGAAAAUUAAAUGAUCGGGUUCUGAAUGGUUAUGGGACUUGCAACAUCGAUCAAGUUUUGAAUGAUGCUUACACUAGGGCCGAAAAACGUGCUGUUAUUGUCUGUGUUAAUGAUUCCGCCUACUUUAUCGUGCAAAAAGAAGGAAAGAAGUAUAAAGUUUUGUCUUUCAGUUUGGCUGAAGAAAGAUUUGUUGAGAUGUUGCCUCCUCCUUGUGAGGUUGUGGGAGCUGUCCCAAUCUUGAAGGUUUUGGCAGGACGGCUUAGUCUCCAAUGGAGGACUUCUGCCAACCACGAUUUUGUGGUGUGGUCAUUGAUGGAUGAUGGAAAUAGCAGCUAUUGGACUAAGAUUAUAUCUAUUCUGUAUUCGGAAACACUGGUGGGCCUGGAACCAAUUUGCAUGAUGCGAAAUGGACAUUUUGUGGUUAGGACGAAGUCUGAAAGGGAACUUUUCAUAUAUGACAUGAAAAAGAAGGCAUUUCAACAAGUAUUCAAGCAUGAGAGUCUAGAUGUUCAUAUCUGCAGUUUCAAGAAUACUGUGGUAUACACAGAAAGUUUAGUUCAUCCGUGUGAUUAUGGGGACAAGGUUGAGGAGUGGACGUCAGCAAUUGAAGACAUGAAAGAGUCUAUAAUGUUGCAGAAUAAGAGGCAAUUCUGUUCCUGCUGUGGUGAGUGCUGACUGGACACACACACACACACACACAUAUUUGCUGCUCAUUGCACAACAAACAUCAAGAAGCAAAAUUUCUUUCUAUUUGGGAACAACAACGGCCAGCAGAACAUUUUCUUUAGGUUUUUUUAUGAUAAAGUGCUUGUGUUCAAUUCCAGAGCUUGAAUACAAAACCUCAUUUUGUCGCACCAAGCAUUCACCCUUUUGUGUUGAGAUUCAAAUUAUGUUUCAGCAGAAGUUUGUACAUGUAUAACCUCAUUGUUUUUUAAUUUAAUAUUCUUGUUUAACAAA